AUGGCCGCGCCGCCGCGCGAGCAGGCGUGGUGGACGCCGGCCGUGCCCUUCGCGUCCGGCGCCGUCGCCGGCGGCGUCGUCAAGACCUUCACGGCGCCGCUGUCGCGGUCGACGAUCCUGCUGCAGACCGCGGGCCACGGGAGCAUGGUCCAGGCCGCAUCGGGCGCCGGCGGUGCGCGGAGCGCGUCGGAGCUCGCCGUGGGCUACCUCGCGCACGUGCGGGCCUCGGAGGGCGCCGUCGCGUUCUGGAAGGGCAACGGCACGUCGAUCCUGCAGAAGAUGGCGACGACGGGGUCGAACUACUUCGUCUACGAGCGGCUCAAGGAGUUGCUGCGGCCGAUAUGGAAAAGCGACGACGACGUGGGCUUCCCCGCGCGGCUCGCGGCGGGCUCGCUCGCCGGCGCGGCCAACGUGACGCUGGCCUACCCGCUCGACGUCGUCCGCACGAACAUCGCGUCGUCGUCGAAGCGCGCCGCGGGCGCGGAGCGCUGGGCGGGCAUCGCCGAGACGUUCCGCCUGCUCUACCGGACGCACGGGUUGCGGGGGUUCGCGCGGGGCCUCCCGGCGACGCAGUUGUGCCAGGGCGCGAACAUCGGCCUCCACUUUGGGAUCUACGAGACGCUGAACACGAACGCGGCGCUCGCGGCGACGUUCUCGCGGGCCUGCGGCUACGAGCCCGCGCUCGAAUCCGGCGACCGGCCGCGGAGCUCGUUCGCGUGGUCCAUGGUCUGCGGGUCGCUCGCGGGUCUGGUCGCGUCGACGCUCGUGCAGCCCCUGGACCUCGUGCGCCGCCGCCAGCAGCUCGUCGGGUCCAAGGACGCGGGGCGGCCCUUCUGGGCCGUCGCCGCGGCCCUCGCGCGCGCCGGCGGGCCCGCGGCGCUCUACCGGGGCCUGCUCCCGGAGCUCUGCAAGGUCUGCCUCUUCCCGGCGUCGGGCCUCAACUUCUACGUCUACGAGCUCGUCCGCCAGGACAUCUUCGGCCACACGACGGGCAUUCGAUAA